CGUUUAACUAGACGCCAGGCUAGAAGAUUUACCUCACGGUACCAAACAUCCCAUAACUACAAGCUGCCAUUGCCGUCUAUGUGACCAUUGACAGAGGGGCAAGAUGAGUUUCGCAAAUGACACGGUUUAUCUGCAAGAUGGACUUUCACAUUUCCCGAACAACAGUUCGUUGGAGAAUCUUUUGCUUGCAUUUGAUCUCGAUGAGCUGAUGAAGGCCUUCCUGGACCUUGUCGGUGACAACGAAACAGAAGCGGACGCUACUAGAAACCUGUUCAGCCAUGCUGGGCCCGGAGGCCCGACGAACUCUUUAGACGGGUCCGAGAUAGCGAUCGGAGUGCUGUACAGCCUGAUCAUGCUGGUGUGUGGAGUAGGGAACUUCCUGCUCCUGCUGGCGUUCCUUCUCUACAAGGAGACCCGUACCACCACCAACAUGCUCAUCGGCAAUCUGGCGCUGUCAGACCUGCUAGUCUCCCUGCUGUGCCUGCCGUACAAUAUGGAUUACCAUGUUGUACACAAGGGCGCGUGGCGCCACAGCACGGCACUCUGUGCCGUCGUCAACUACUUCACAUCCGUCUCUCACUACGUCUCCACGCACGCACUGCUCGCCAUCGGUAUCGACAGGUACCUCGUCGUUCAAAAUGCAAGGACGAGUCGCUUUAACUCCGGUUGGAGCUCUGUCGUCAUAUGGGUGAUGGCCCUCGUCUUGGCUCUGCCUGGCGCCAUCUUCUCUCGCACUGUCCCAUAUCAACACCGGGACUCGGUGUUCUGCGGGGUGCUGUGGCCUGUCUCCCUACAGCACGUGUACAAAGGCUUCCACGUCUUCCUAGUGGUCGGUGAGUUCGCCGUUCCCGCAGUCAUCAUGAGCGUAGUCUACUCCUUCGUGGUCUGUAAGGUGUGGCGGCGGCAGCUGCCGGGGCAGCACAACGCGUCUCACGCGCGCGUCCAGUCACGCUCCCGCCGGAAGUCCGUCCGGUUAUUCGCUCUUUUCAUCAUGUUUGUUCUCUGCUGGACUCCUUAUCACAUAUACUCUAUCCUCAGAGACUUUUACAUCGGCGUCUUGGCGAAAAUAUCCACGAGUUUAAAUCUUUUCUACAUGGUCCAAGCUAUCGCCAUGAGUAACAGUUUGAUGAACACCCUUGUCUAUGUGGUCUUUAAUGACAAUAUCACCCGUUAUAUCAAAACGUCACCAAGAGAUCUAUACCUUUCACUGCGAAACAAGUCCAUGUAUAGAAACAAUCAGCUCAGUAGACGUGAGGUACGCCAGCGGAUUGACUAUCCAACAAGUAUAACACCUAGAACUGCAGACAACACGCUCGUAGUGAACAACAGAGAACACAUGCGUUCAACUAGAGUGACGGAUCUGUACAGGAAGGGAUGCCACGGCCUGUUAAAAUGCUUAGGUCACAAUUGGAAAGAGGGGAAAUUGCCCUCAUUAAUGGUACUUGUGGAUCACGGGCUAGGAAGAAUUUUCAAUACAGCAUUACAAUCGAGUACGGCUAGUCACGAGUUUUAG